UAGCCCUAAUUCCUUUUAUUGUGCGCAGGGCCUUAUACUGUGGCCAGGCUUUACUGAUUCUAUUUAUAGGAUCAUUAGUUUAGAAUCGUUCGGUCACUAGUUACAGUGAUGUCUCGAUCUUAUACAGUGAGGAUUGAUAAUUAAAAAAUGUUUUCAAUGUUUUUUAGUUGCAAAAUUAUACAAUAUAUUGUCUUAAUUUAAAUUUAUAGAAAAAUGAAAUUGUUAUCAACUGUGAACAGGCAAUCGGUGUUACCGAUUUUACUCGGCAUAUCUUUAACAACUUUGGGAUUAUCAGUGGCAAUUUUGCUGUAUACUAUGGUUGAAAAAGAUGAUAAUGAUAGAAAGAAAUAUGGUCGGAUAUCCAAAUGCAAAGAAAUUUGCGUGGAAUUUAAAAUGCCUGAGAAGUAUGUAUCUGCUGUUAUUGGUAAAGGUGGUGCUGUAAUAAGAAAUAUAGAAGAGUUAACCAACACACGCAUUAAAAUGGAAAAGGCAGACUUAUAUUGUUCAGAUCGUGUCUGUUACAUUUGGUCUGAUAACGCAGAAAACAUUUAUUCAGCACAGAAUAUGAUACAAUCUAUAAUAAAGAAUCUACCUAUCAUUGAAACCUUUGAAUUGUUUAUCCCUUUUGAAGUUUCUAGAAGAAUUUUAAAAAAAAAUUGGAAUGAUUUUGGAUUUGCGCAAGAGAUUCAAAAAACUCACGGUACAAAAAUUAUACUUGAGAGUGAUCCUCAUAAAACUGAAACUGGAUUCAAAAGAAGGAUAAUACUAAAGGGAACUGCUGAUCAAAUAGCAGCAGCCAUUAUUCAAAUAGAAGAUAAAAUUCAAGACGAAAUUAAGACUGAAGUUCAAUUAAGAAUGCAAGUUGCAACUGCAAGAAUAUCUGAGCUAUUCCAUAUUAACACUGAUAAAAAUACAACAGAGGAUCAUUCUGAUAUUGAAACUUAUAAAUUAUUAAUGCCACAUGAAGCUUGUGGAAGGAUCAUACGAAAAAAUGGAUACACAGUGCAAGAAAUGGAAAGAUUCUCUGGUGCAAAAAUCAUACUUGAAAAUAUUGCUAAUAAAUUUGAAAAUCAAAGAAAUGUAACAAUAAUUGGGACUGGUAAACAAAUUGAACUAGCUACUAAUCAGAUAAAAAAUAAAAUUAAAGAGGCAAUUGAAUCUCGUAAUGAAUGGAAUUAUGAAUCUACAGUGAUAAAAAGCAUAUCUGAUUCUCCAUGUAACAAUGAAGGUUUAAUGGAAGUAUAUGUAUCUGCAAUGGAAACGCCAAGUCUAUUUUGGAUUCAAGUGGUUGGUUCUGCAAAUAUUCGUUUACAACACUUAGUACACGAUAUGACCAAAUAUUACAAUGAAAAGGAAAAUUGUCAACUCCAUAUCAUGAAAAAAAUAACAGUAGGCCAAAUGGUAGCAGCAAGAUUUAAAUAUGAUAACAAAUGGUAUCGUGCAGAAGUAAUAUCCGUUAUGGAUUCUUCUGAAUAUAAAGUCUUCUUUGUAGAUUAUGGAGAUUUAGAAAUCGUUCCCAUAAAUGAUAUAUUAGAACUUCGUACAGAUAUGUUAAGCUUACGCCUGCAGGCUGUGGAGUGUUCGUUGGCAAACGUAAAGCCACGAGAAAGCGAAUGGAGCUCCAAAGCUAACGACAAGUUCGCUGAACUUACUCAUUUAGCAAAAUGGAAAUCGCUCAUUGCUCAAGUUAAAGGCUACAAAGAACGUCCGGUCGGUUGUGGAGGAUCUCGCCGUGAAAAUUCAUUAAUUCCUUGUAUCAAUUUAUACGACAAAGAUAAUGAUAAGAAUAUUAAUAUUGGAGAAAAUUUGAUACAAUUGGAAGUGGCUCAAAUUGAGGAAGACAUUCGUUCGGCAGUAAAUUUAGCGUUGUCUCAUGAUAAAUGCGAUUUUCCAUUUAUACCAUUCUUACCUGAUUCUUUAUAUCUUGACUGAAUGCAAUUCAGUUGUCAUGAGGUCAACGUUUGAAGAGAUAAUUGAAUUAUAACAACAUAUCAAAAGAGAAAGAGAAACAUACUGUAUUCUCUUUCUAUAUUCAGAUACUCUCGAAAAUGCAUACGAGUAGCAGAAGUCUAACGGACAACACGGAAUGUGGAGAAAAUUAUGCUAUCAUACUUUUGUUUAGAAGUUAAACGAAAAUCAAAAUAUUUAUCAAAAUAUUGAUCGAACUGAUUUCCUCAAACAUAUUUGACUACUGAUAAAAAAUAUAUAUUGAAUAUCUUUAUACCUUCUACAAAUCUACUAUUCCUAUCAAGUUUUACUAAAAUUGAAAAGAGACCUGGGAGCCUUUUCUUGUAAAUUACAAAAUAACAUUUUUUUUUUGUUACAAAAAAUGAUGUACAUAUUUCUUAAGAAAUCAUAUAUUAAUUAACAUAUAUCUCAUUUAACAUUAUCUAAAAAAUAAGAUUUGAUAAUUUGCUUAUGUAAUUAAGAUCAAAUUCAAGAGUAUGUUUCUCAUGCUAACAGUGUUUUCCAGCAACAAUUUGUUGUUAAAAACUUUUUCGGAAUCUUUAUACACAGCUGUUGAUUUUACAAUUGUAUUAUUCGUCAAAUAUAAAAAGACAUAAUUUUGUAAGAAGAUAUUUAAAAAAUUGUACACCGUUGUCAUAUUAUAAUAUUGUUGUCAUAUUAUAAUAAAUAAUGAAAAUCUUUGAUAUUUA